AAUAUUUGGUUGCUUAUUAUAUCCUUCUUGUCUUGAGCCUUUCUUUAUUUGAACCUGGUCGUUUUAACUUCAUGGCCGUGCAAUCCUAAGAUGCUGGAAUUAAGCUCGUGUGGGCUGUUUCAAGAAUAAUUACAAGUAUACACAGUAGAACUUAAAAAAGUAAAAAACGUUGGAAAAGGCAGCAGAACAGGAAAAGAGUGUGCGCCUCUCGUUAUCCCCGACCGCCGCCGUGGCGAUGUUGGCCGCCGGCGCUCGCGUUUCUCACCACCUCCGAGACUGCGACUAUUACUUCGGCUUCGGAUUGAGCUCUGGGUUCUCCUCCUCCGCCGUCGUUUUGCUUCCGCCGAUAUGGCCUCGCAACCCCACUUCCAUACCUUCAAUUUCCCACACCAUUUCUCCUCGCCCCCAUCGACGUGGGAUUUCUUUCUUUUGUUCCAUUGUCCCCUCCACCUCCCCCGGCGAAAUUCCCCUUUUCUCCGAUUGUUUUGGUCCACGAGAAGAUGAUCGCGAAGUAUCUGUGGCAGGAGGAAUAGUAGCAUUAGGAAAAUUUGACGCUCUCCAUGUUGGUCAUCGGGAGCUUGCAAUUCAAGCAUCAAAGGUUGGAUCUCCAUUUCUGUUGUCAUUUGCUGGAAUUGCUGAAGUACUCGGUUGGGAACCUAGGGCUCCAGUAGUUGCUCAAUGCGAUAGGAAGCGAGUUCUUUCCUCUUGGGCACCAUAUUGCAGAAACUCGGCUCCAUCAGAGUACCAGAUUGAAUUUUCAAGCGUUCGCCAUCUGACUCCACGGGAAUUUGUUGAGAAAUUAUCAAAGGAGCUUGGCGUUCGUGGAGUUGUGGCAGGUGAAAGUUACAGGUUUGGAUAUAAAGCGGCAGGUGAUGCAGUGGAGUUGGUGAAACUAUGUGAGGAAUAUGGGUUAGGUGCUUGUAUUAUUAAAUCUGUGAUGGAUAAAAACCAGAAAGUUGUUAAUUCUGCCAAUUCAAAGGAGAGAGGACAAGUGUCAUCAACUCGGGUUCGCUAUGCCCUUUCGAUAGGAGAUAUGAAAUAUGUCUCUGAGCUUUUAGGCCGCCGCCAUCGUCUUAUUUUGAUGGCAAAAGGCCUAGAGGGAUUUAGCAAUAGGAAUAGCAGAGUGUCAGCCCCAAAAUCAUGUUUAUUAAAUUUAGCACCAAAAGAAGGUCUCUAUAACAACUGUUUUGUCUGUACAAUUGAUGAGAACCUAAUUCCAUGUUGUGUAGUUAUCGACUCGACUCACGUUCACAUAGAAAUGGAUGAGAUAGGUACAUGCAAUCCCCUAGAAACCCAAGACUACUUAAGUGUCGAAUUUGGCGACGAAGCAGCAUGAUUGUGUUCAAUUCACCUCCUUUUAUAUUCCAUAGACAAAGGAAUUCCUUGAUGAGAUCUCUCAUUCACAUACUAGAAUGCCCACAUCCCAUUGAUCAUAUACAUCAGUAAGAUCCGUGAUUGUCCUUACAAGAGAGGUAUGAAGCUUUAUCUGGUGAUUCAAUUUGAGGGUAUUCCAGCAACUAUGUUCUAAAUAUAUGCAGACACGAAACACGGGUUUCACAAGCCGAUGCGGAUAAUGCUUCAUAGUUUACAGCUGCUUCUGUGAAGUUGCUCAACUUAUUUUGGCAGGGAAAAGCUUAAUAGAUUUCUUCAGAUGUUUGACAGAUGCAUAUGACCCAUUUUUUAUCCAAGGUACUUUCUAUAUGUAUUAACUAGAGCACAUUGUUUGCAAGGCCAUUAUUAUAUAUAUGGAAGCAAAUAAUUCAAAGGCAUCAUUCUCUGUUGGCAAUGGCAUUGUACAGGAUUUCAAUGGCUUAAAUUGUUUUUUCUUUUUUCAACAAAUCAAAGGUUGUUGGACCAAAAUUUGAGUUCUAACAUCACACUUUAGAUCCUUCUCCACUUGAUUCUUGAAAUGUAAGACAGGUAGUUCUGUAGCCAUGUUUUCCCAUGUUGUCUUGAAUUUCUUGGUCCCUUCUGCAGGAACAUGACUUCACUGAUAAACUUUGCUUGUCUAUGAGUGCAACAUAUUGCACAGAUCUAGAGCCAUAAAGUUCGAUAUCGAUAAUCGUUGUUGUAUAUAGUGCAAUAUUUUGAGGGUAGAUAAGUCACUUCUCAAAUACAUUGUAG